GGCGGGGUCUGGGGAGGAGCCGCGUCGCACCCCGCCUCUGGGGGGGGGAACGACGCGGCCGCUCGGGUGCGCCCGGCAGUUUCCGGCGCCGUUCGGGCGUUUCCGCCGUCGGCCCUGCCCCCGCGUUAGCAGCCUCGGGUCGGGUCGGGUGUGGCCGCGCGCGCCGCGCCUGGCUGGCUGGCUGGCUCGGGCGUCGCUCUCUCUCUCUCUCUCGCUCUCUCUCUCUUCUCAGGCGGGCCGGCGCCAUUUUGUGUGGUGCAGCCUCGGAGCCAGCCUGCCGUCCCUACCGCCGCCGCCUGCCUGCCUGCCUGCCGGCCAGCGAGCCCACGAUCGAGCGACCGAGCGCGGCGCCAGGCCCGCCCGUACAGUGACUGUGCCCCGUGCCCCCGUCGCGCCCGCCCGCCCCCCCAGCCCGGCCCCCCCAUGGCGGUGGAGAGCCCCAGCGUGCCUCCGCCCAGCAGCCCCCACGCCAGCAGUCCCCCGGCCCCCUCUCCGGCCGCCGCCGCCGCCGCCAACCCCCUGCUCCUGCACGGCCCCCUCGGCAGCCCGGGCCUCGGCGGCGCUGGCGCCCGGCCGCUCCAACAACACCUCCUCCUCCACGGGCCCGGCCCGGACGAAAGGGAGGAUGGUGAGUUGGAAGAAGGAGAAUUGGAAGACGACGGGGGUGAGGAGCCCAACGGUGCUUCAGAGGCACAUGAGAAGAGCAGGAGGGAAAAAAAUGAGAAGCACCACAGCGACUCAGAUGAAGAAAAGACGCAUCGGAGGAAAAGGAAGCGUCGGAAAGAGAGAGAGAAGGAGAAGCGGAGAUCAAAAAAAAAAAGAAAAUCUAAACACAAACGCCACGCUUCUUCCAGCGAAGAUUUCUCCGACUUCAGUGAGGAUUCUGACUUCAGCCCAAACGAAAAGGGGCACCGGAAAUACCGGGAGUACAGCCCCCUCUACUCCUCUUCCCAUCAGCAGUACUCAUCCUCUCACAGUGGGCCAAAGAAGGGCUAUCCUAAAAUGGAAAACAAGAGCUACCCUCCCUACGAAGAAUACGAGAACGAGGGCUACUGUGACUACGAGGGGGAGGAGGAGGAGGACAUGGGGAAAGAAGAGUACGAUGACUUUGCAAAGGAGCUGAAUCAGUACCGGAGGGCAAAGGAGGGGACGCACAGGGGGCGAGGUGGCCGUGGCCGUGGCCGAGGUUACCGUGGACGUGGAAGAGGUGGAAUGAGAGGACGAGGUAUGGGCAGGAGCAGUCGAGGCAGGGGAAGGGGAGAGCACCCUGAGGAGGAGGAGGAAGAAGUGUACGACGAGGAGAUGGAGUUCUGCGAAGGGGAAGAGCCCAUGGGGGAGGAAGACUAUGAUGAUUAUUCCAAAGAACUGGACCAGUACCGCAGAAGCAAAGAAGGAAGGGGGAGAGGCAUGGGACGUGGACGAGGCCGUGGUUCCAGGGGGCGAGGAGGCAAGGGGAUGAGCCGUGGACGAGGUCAUCGUGGCCGAUCAGGCCUAGGCAAAGCAGCAGCGCUUAAUGAGGAGGAGGACUACUAUGAGGAUGACCUGGGGGACGGAGGUGGCAGCUGUGGAAAUUACAGGCGGACUGAUCACGAGAAACCCCACCAGUCAGAUAAGAAAGGGAAAGUCGUCUGCAAGUAUUUUGUGGAGGGAAGGUGCACUUGGGGGGAACACUGCAACUUUAGCCAUGAUAUUGAGCUACCAAAGAAGAGGGAACUGUGCAAAUUUUACAUCACUGGCUACUGUGCCAGGGCGGAGAAUUGUCCCUACAUGCAUGGGGAUUUCCCUUGCAAACUGUUUCACACCACUGGGAACUGCAUUAACGGAGAGGACUGCAUGUUCUCACACGAACCGCUCACUGAUGAAACUCGGGAACUCCUGGAUAAGAUGUUGGCAGAUGACGCAGAAGCCGGCGCAGAGGAUGAGAAAGAAGUGGAGGAGUUGAAGAAACAGGGCAUCAACCCACUGCCCAAGCCACCUCCUGGGGUGGGAUUGCUGCCCACUCCCCUGCGUCCCCCAGGGCCCCCAGCUCCAACCUCCCCUAAUGGCCGGCCCAUGCCCGGAGGGCCCCCUGCCCCUCCCCCUCCCCCUCCCCUCCCUCCCCCAGGGCCACCACAGAUGCCUCUCCCGAUCCACGAGCCCCUCUCGCCUCAGCAGCUGCAGCAGGACUUGUACAAGAAGAUCCCUUCCCUCUUUGAGAUUGUCGUGAGGCCGACAGGGCAGCUGGCAGAGAAGCUGGGGGUGAGGCAUCCUGGCCCAUCCCCACCUCGGUUCCCUGGGCCUGGGCACCCAGAGUUGCCUCCUGACCUGCCCCCCGACCUGCUUCCCGACCUGUGUGCAGACAUCUGUCCUGAUAUGCCGAUGGGCCCAGGGAUGAACCCUGGCCCUCCAUUGGGCCCCGGACCCCCCAUGAUGCCCUUUGGCCCCGAAGAGAUGCCCCCCAGGCCCCCAACCCAGGACUUCUAUGACAACUUCUACCUGCACCCAGAAGGCCUGGAGAUGGGCCCAGAGGGCUACGCAGGCUAUGAGGAGAUCCCUGGGGAAGGGCUUUUCCCCGACCCUUCUCUGGAGCCAGAUUCUUUCUGCGAUGGAGGCCUCCCACGGCUGCAGAAACCCUCCAGCAGCAUCCCAGAUUUCCUGCCUUCCACCCAGAGGGCUCUCUACCUUCGCAUCCAGCAGAAGCAGCAGGAAGAAGAGAGGGCUCGCCGUCAGGCAGAGAGCUGCAAGCAGGACCGAGACCACGAGGAAGGCGAUCCUGGCAACUGGUAUUCCAGUGAUGAGGAUGAUGGAGGCAGCAGCAGCGUCAGCUCCAUCCUGAAGACUCUACGGCAGCAGAGUUCCAGCAGACCCCACGAAGACCUCUCUGGAAGCCCCGUUCCUGCCUCAGGCAGGAGCGAUCCUCGCCUUCAGAAGAGCCGGCCAGCCGAUCCUCGCCUUCUGCGUGACCCCAGGCUUUCUCGAAACCUGGAGCCUUCUGGAGCCGCAGAGGCAGGGCCCACCGAUCCACGAUUGGCACGGCACGGCGCAUCCUCUGCCCCCAAAGCAGCAGAAGUUCUCCAUUCGAGCCCUUCGGUCAGCCAGAAGGCUGUUCCUGUCCCAGAGGAGGAGGAAGGGGAAAGGGCCCUGCGGGACAAACCGGUCACCAUCCCUCUGGACACCCUGCCGAACCACUCUCUGAAGGACCCUCGCUGCCAGUUGCAGCAAUUCAGCCACAUCAAGAAAGACGUCGUCCUGCUCAUGCCCAGCUUUGCACGCAUGGUGCUGUGGAGCCCUGAAGACUUGAUCCCCCUGCCUGUUCCUAAGCAGGAAUCCGUUCCUGUCCCAACUGCUCUCCAGGCCCUGCCUGCCCUUGAUCCACGCCUGAACCGAUCUCAGAAUGCCAGCGUAGCUGACCCCAGGCAACGGGCUGGCUCCCAGCCAGAACCCUCGGCCAGUCCUGGCUCCAGCCUUCCAGAUUUUGAGCUGCUGUCCAGGAUAUUAAAGACGGUCAACGCAGCAGGCAGCCCUGGGCAGAGUGAUAAGCCAAGCGAUCCCCGUACACGGAAGGCACCUGUGGACCCCCGGUUGCCCAAGUCUUCCGAGCCAGGAUCCUCGGGGACCGCCAAGCAAGCUGAAGUCAGCUCCCUGCUAGGUGUGGGUGCAGAGGCUGCCGCCAGUAUAGCCCCUUAUGAUCCCCGGCUCCUGACGGCCGGGGGGUUGAGCAGGGGCCCUGGCCAAAGCAGCGUCCUGAGUGGGAUCAGCCUUUACGACCCAAGGACUCCCAGCCCUGGCUGCAAGCCUGCCGAUUCUGCUGGCGAAGGGAGCCCAGCCACCAAAAGUGCCGAAGGCAGCAAAGGUGGCAACCGAGGGAAGGAGCCGCUGUUUGUGCGUCGAUCAGCCUUGGACCAGCUAGAAGCUGAGAAGCCCAGCCCAGAGCCGGUGACUGACCGCUACAACAGCUACAACCGGCCACGGCCCAAGGCCCAAGGCCACUCUGCUCCUGCUUCCUCUGCUCCUGCUGUGGAGACGGCUGUUACUCAGCCUGGCGUCCACAACCUCCCUGUGCCGCCUGUCUAUGGCAUGGUGAAGCAGGCGGCCAAGUCGGGGGCAGGCAGCCCUUUUGCAGGCAACAGCCCUGCCCAGGAAGGAGAGCUGCAGGACGCGGGCUCUCUGAAGGAUGUUUUUAAAGGGUUUGACCCGACAGCCUCCCCAUUCUGUCAGUAGUAUUAAGAGACUUGUACGUGCAGCCUUGUGUCCAAAAGAAGCAGCAGUGUUUGUUCUUCACUUUUUAAAAAUUCCAUGAAUUGCCAUUGACCGUGUACCUCCAUCCUUUGAGCUUUGCUGAGUGUAGCCUCCAAGCGACCUUGUAGGAGAGGAACAAGGGUCUUGAGCCACCCCAGGCAGUAUUGUGUCACGUCCCCCUCAGGGUUCCAUUGCGGACUAUUCUGAGGUCCACUUGGAAUCCUUCAGUGUCUUCAAAUCUGGGCUGGCUGGUUCUGCCAGCCCUUCCCUCCUCCUUUGCACAGUGGCUGGGCCAUGUCUCCAUCCCCCCUGCUUCUCCUCUUCAGGUAUUUAUUGUCUGUUGAAUGGAGGAUGAAAGGAUGACAGUUUCCUAGCGUGCCCUGUUAAGGGGUGAAACUGUCAGCCGUGCUGAUCUGUAGAAUAUAUAUAUCUUUGUUUCUAAACUGUAACAAUAUAUGUGUAUCAUAGCCUUUUUUAAAAAAGAAUCUAGCGCAGCAAAAUUAUUAUGGAGAAGUAACCAUGAUGAAUUAUUUUUGUAACUCUAUUGAAUUUUGUUUUAAAUACCCUUCUGCCGUUUUCUUGGAUUGCCGGAUUCAGAUGUGAUACAGCCAGGCUACAACAGGCUGCUUCUGCCUCUGGUGGGUGGCCUCUUGAAGAAGUGAUGCCUUCUACCAAAACAGAGUUUGUAGUAUUGAAAUUAAAUUAUUAAUAACACUAAUUUGCUUGUAUGUGUCCUGUGCUCCUCUAAAAAGCAAACAGAAGCCCUGGUGUUCAGAAACGAGAUGUUUGUCAUUCCUGCAAAGAAGCAUUUGUUCCCACAAUCUUCUACGCAGGGGCAGCCAUAGCCUUCUGGCAUCCCAGAAAGCCCCGGGUGCAGUUCCCUUAAAUACCAGGACAGGCAGUUGGGGGAGAGAUUGCUGUGGACAAAGGGCCUGUUUUGUAACAACCAAGAGUAGCCCCGCAAAUUUAAUCUUUCCAGAAUUGCUGAACAGAGCUAGAAGCCCGGCCUAUUUCUGUCCUUCCAGUGCUUCUAACCGAUGGAUUUGGUCUCUUCUCAAAUGCAGAGAACUAAGUUGCACUAGUUUGUCUUUAGAAGGCUGCUUCGUUUCUCCCACAAUAGCCUCUUUCAAAGCUAGACCUUGUUUUGGGGUUAAAAGCAGUGACUUUUUGUCCUGAUCCAGCCUGGCAAGAAGGGUGAGCGUCUGUGUGCGCUGGCUGGUGUGCUCUUGAGGUGGGCAAUUUGGAGACUCCAACCUUACAGCUCUUCUGAGCAAGGGGGCUGAGCUGCAUAAGCAUAGCUUAUUGGGGCUGAGAGGCCAGCCCCUUUUCUGCCUGGGAGGUGGCUGGGUCAGUAAAAAAAGGCCCACCUUCCCCACAGAGCAGAUGAGCAACCCCGACUGCGGCCUAGCGGCUUCGGUGUAGUGGGAUUGCAGCUUCUCCAUGAAGUGUAUGUGCAAGAGCUGCUAGCUGGUGUCUCUGUAAGAAACCAAGGGAUAGAAGUCCUUUGGCCAGGGUCUUUGCAGCUUGACAGACUGCAGGGCGGGAGUGACUGGAGCAGGGUUCAUGCCCAGGUUUAGCAGUGUUUAAUCUGAAAUGGGUGGGGGAGUCUCUGCCUUGGUGACUCCUACUUUUCCAAGCACCUCCCUUCUUUUGCCCAGGGAGUGUAGCACAGUGUAGAACUCACUUGGGAAGGAGAGAAAGUUAUGUCCUUUUGGUACAAAUGCAAACUAGUUUCCUUGGAAAGCCAAGCCGGAUUCCUACUUUGCCAUUUUCCAGCCACUUAGCUGUGCAGGCUCUUUAUGCCGACCCACUAAAGUCCAGAGACGGAGAAGGGCUGGAGCAGAUUUCCAAGGAACCUUUUUAAACUUGUCCGGAGUGAGCAGGACCUUGUGGAGAAGCUGUCCUGGUCCUGGGAUCGAUGAACAGCUUGUCAAGGAAUAUGCUCUUUGUGAAGUAUUCUGUCUUGUGAACCUGCCUAGGUACAUAGAUGCUCUGUGAGAUUUGUACAAUCUGACUUUUGUAAAUCAAGAUCCAUUCACUAGACUCAAAUCUUUGUUAUCAAUGAAAUUUGCCAGCGCUUUAUAAAAAUGCUAUAAAAUGUAAAUAUUAUUUGAAAAGGGAUUUGUAUAUAUUGUACUGGUAUUUUUACAGUGAUUUUUGGUUGCAUGGCUGUUCGCUUUUUUUUAAAUCACACAUGCGUCUUCCAACAAUGUCCAGACUUGAGACUCCAAUCGUUGUACUGCUGGCAUUAAAUGAUGCAGUGAUUUUAAA